GAUUUCUUAAUGGACAGAAUAUGGCACAAAUCAUAAAUUAGGGAAGCUUGGGGAUGGCAUCCGUCUUUGUAAGUUCCAUCUUGCUUUACUCUUUCCCCAGAUUAUGGGCAGAAAUUGAUCCUGACCUUCUAUUGGCUGUUUUUCUUCCUCCUCUACUUUUCGAGAGUGCAUUCUCGAUGGAAGUUCACCAGAUAAAGAGGUGUAUGCCACAAAUUCUUCUACUUGCCGGUCCAGGGGUUCUUAUUUCAACUUUCUGUCUUGGAUUAGCUUUGAAGCUCACUUUUCCAUAUAACUGGAGUUGGAAAUUAUCGUUAUUGCUUGGGGGACUUCUUAGUGUAGCUGAAACUGAACCUGUGGUUAUGGCUGCCAUGUUGAAAGAGCCUGGUGUAAGCAAAAAAUUGCGCACUAUAAUUGAAGGAGAAUCUUUGAUGAAUGAUGGGACUGCAAUUGUGGUUUACCAGCUAUUCUAUAAAAUGGUUCUUGGACAGAGCUUUACUUGGGCCACCGUUAUUGAGUUUCUGGCAAAAGUCACGCUUGGAGCUGUAGGAAUUGGCAUUGCUUUUGGAAUUUUUUCUCUUUGGUGGCACAAGUUUAUUUUCAAUGACACAGUGAUUGAGAUUGCAUUGACACUUGCUGUGAGCUACAUUGCUUAUUUCACAGCUCAACUAGGUAUUGACGUUUCUGGUGUUUUGGCAGUUGUGACUUUGGGAAUGUUUUAUGCUGCAUACGUAAAAACAGCAUUUAAGGGUGGAAGUCAACAGAGCUUGCAUCACUUCUGGGUUCUGUCUACUUACCUGCAGAAUCCAUUCGCAUUCAAUUCACCCAAAUCCUGAUCAUUCUGCUCUCUUGAAUCAUGUCCAAGAAUCCUUGAGUUUUUACUGAUCCUCUUUCAAGUGACAGUAAAUUAUCUCAAUCCAC